CAAUAGGAGCGCGCGCAGCGGGCCGGCGGUCGGGCCGCGGGAGCUGAAAACCCGGCGCGGCGCCCGGGGAGCAGGCUCGGGGCGCACCGCGAACCCGUCCUCCGAGCGCGCGAGUCCGACGCGCCAUCCGCGGGCCCCGAGCGCGCGCCCCGUCCCUCCGGCUCAGCCGGCGCGAAGCCGCCAGACCCAUGGCCCCCGAGACGCCGGCCCCGGCCCCGGCCCCGGCCCCGCGCUACUUCACCUGGGACGAGGUGGCGCAGCGCUGCGGGCGCGGCCAGGAGCGGUGGCUGGUGAUCGAUCGGAAGGUGUACAACGUCAGCGAGUUCGUCCGCCGGCACCCCGGAGGCUCCCGGGUGAUGAGCCACUACGCGGGGCAGGAUGCCACGGACCCCUUUGUGGCAUUCCACAUCAACAAGGGCCUGGUGAGGAAGUACAUGAACUCGCUCCUGAUUGGAGAGCUGGCUCCGGAGCAGCCCAGCUUCGAGCCCACGAAGAAUAAAGAGCUGACCGAUGAGUUUCGGGAGCUGCGGGCGGCCGUGGAGCAGAUGGGGCUCAUGAAGGCCAACCACGCCUUCUUCCUGCUGUACCUGCUGCACAUCCUGCUGAUGGACGCGGCCGCCUGGCUCACGCUGUGGGCCUUUGGGACGUCCUUCGUGCCCUUCGUGCUCAGUGCGGUGCUGCUCAGUGCAGUGCAGGCCCAGGCUGGCUGGCUGCAGCACGACUUCGGGCACCUGUCUGUCUUCGGCACCUCUAGGUGGAACCACCUGCUACAUCAUUUCGUGAUCGGCCACCUGAAGGGGGCCCCCGCCAGUUGGUGGAACCACAUGCACUUCCAGCACCACGCCAAGCCCAACUGCUUCCGCAAAGACCCAGACAUCAACAUGCACCCCUUCUUCUUCGCCCUGGGGAAGAUCCUCUCUGUGGAGCUUGGGAAACAGAAGAAAAAGUACAUGCCGUACAACCACCAGCACAAGUACUUCUUCCUGAUCGGGCCCCCGGCCUUGCUGCCUCUCUACUUCCAGUGGUACAUCUUCUACUUCGUUGUCCAGCGGAAGAAGUGGGUGGACCUGGCCUGGAUGAUCACGUUCUACGUCCGCAUCGCCCUCACUUACAUGCCGUUGCUGGGGGUGCAGGGCCUCCUGGGCCUUUUCUUCGUGGUCAGGUUCCUGGAAAGCAACUGGUUUGUGUGGGUGACACAGAUGAACCAUAUCCCCAUGCACAUUGACCACGACCAGAACAGGGACUGGGUCUCCACCCAGCUCCAGGCAACGUGCAACGUGCACAAGUCGGCCUUCAAUGACUGGUUCAGUGGGCACCUCAACUUCCAGAUUGAACACCACCUUUUCCCCACGAUGCCACGACACAAUUACCACAAAGUGGCUCCCCUGGUGCGCUCCCUGUGUGCCAAGCACGGCAUCGAGUACCAGUCCAAGCCCCUGCUCACGGCCUUCGCGGACAUUGUUCACUCCCUGAAGGAAUCGGGGCAGCUCUGGCUGGAUGCCUACCUUCACCAGUAACAGCAGCCCCCCUCCCGGAAGAGGAGCCUCCGGAGCCAGCGCAGAAGGAAGCCCCAGGGACAGGCCACUACAACCCUAACAUCCAGAGGGGGGCGGUUUGAGGAGAUCCAGGCUUGGGUUCAAACCCCUCCCCUUGACCUUCUAGGCAGAUUUAGGACCCAGAGAGGGAGGGGAACAUGCCAGCCCCUGGAGGAAGGGGUGGCGCUCUUAGGGCAGGGAUGAGUUUGUUUCUUUUUUCUAGUGUCAGAUGUAGGUGGUUGGUGAGCAAGAGGGAGUCGGGAAGGUGUGAGAAUAGGGAGGACCAACUGAGCCCAGAAAUCAGGAAGUUUAGCAGUAAAAUUCCACCCAGAAAGGGGUGAGCUCAUCUUCCUGGUCCACUUCACCCUCCUUUGCAAACCUGAGGUCCGCAGGGUGGAGGGAGGGGGAGCAGCUGCACCUUUGGAGCCAGACUUAGGAAGCAUCAGUGCUUAGAACUGGAGGCCAGCCUCAGUCU